AUGGAACAGAAAAAACCAACCGAGCAACUUCUCUUGACUCAAUCAGGUCAAAGUUGCUCCAUUUGUGGAGGUCCUCAUGAAUCUGAGGACUGUAACAAUUUGGCUGCUGUGUGUUAUGCAGGUGGUUACGAUAAUAACAACAGGAGCAAUGAUAAUUAUCAAGGGAACAAAAACCGGGGAUGGAAGAGUCAGAAUAAUGUUGGAGGUAGUGGAGGAAAUUACCAGAACCGACCCACAUAUCCCAGGCAGAACCAUCAAAACUGGGAUAAGGGUGAAGGGAAGUCCCAAUCCUUUGAGACUUUUAGACAACCAGGGACACUCCCUAGUGACACAGAAAAACCGUCCCAGGAAACCCAGGAGCGUUGUAAUGCUAUAAGCUUACGAGAUGGAAAAACUCUGCCACCUCCAGAUUUAGUGGCACGAUCUCGUAAACGCAAACUAGCAAGACAACCUAUGGAAGAAGGAGUUGAGGAAGCUACUGACCCUCAACCCCUUGAAGCUCAGAUAGAAUCAAGGGAGAAGGUCCAGAACGAUGAUCUCACUAAAGUCACACCAGGUUCCACAACAUCUGGAGCAGAUGUUGGCGCAAUAAAAGAUAAUGAACCAGUUUCAGUCCCAACUUAUGUUCCACCAUGCAAAAAGAGGAGUGAACCAAUUGAGCCUCCUUUUCCACAGAGGUUAAAAAAACAACAUGAAGAUAGGCAGUUUAGCAAGUUUUUAGACUUGUUGAAACAACUUCACAUAAAUGUCCCUCUGGUGGAGGCUCUGGAACAAAUGCCUUCGUAUGCAAAAUUUAUGAAGGACGUUUUGUCAAAAAAAAGAAGGAUUGAGGAAUUUGAGACUGUAGCCCUCACUGAAGAAUCAUGCAAAUACCUGACUAAGAUUCCUCCCAAACUGAAGGACCCUGGAAUAUUCACCAUCCCGUGUACAGUUGGGAAGAACUACCUUGGUCGAGCACUUUGUGAUCUGGGCUCGAGUGUAAAUUUAAUGCCAGCUUCUAUCUUCAAACAGCUUGACAUAGGAGCAGCAAGACCAACCACAGUCACUCUUCAGCUUGCAGACCGAUCCAUAGCCAAACCAUUCCUAGCCACUGGUGAUGCUGUCAUAAACGUCACAAAAGGCGAACUAUCCAUGAGUGUAAAUAGAGAGGAGGUGAAGUUCAAUGUCAUGAAAGCAAUGAAGUUUGAUGAAGAUAGCACUGAGGAAUGCUCUAGCAUUUCAACUCUUGACUUGAUCAUAAGAGAAGAACAGCAGGAGCAGUUGCAGUCAGAAAUAGGCAUGAAGGACUUUGACGAAUUGGAGGAAUACCUUGCGUCCAUUAAUUCCAUUCAUAUUGGGGACAAGAGAGAAAGGAUCUUCGAAUCCUUGAACCGAUCGGAGCAAGAGCAAAGACCAAAUUUUCCCUCAGUAGAGCAACCGCCUUCCUUGGAGUUAAAGCCUUUACCUGAACACCUGAAGUAUAUUUAUUUGGAUAAAGAAAACACUCUCCCUGUGAUUAUUUCUUCUUUACUAACCCAUGAACAGGAACUUCAGCUCACACAGAAGCUUAAGGAAUACAGAGGAGCAAUCGGUUGGACCAUGGCUGAUAUAAAGGGAAUUAGCCCAACAAUCUGCAUGCAUAAAAUUUUGCUCCAAGAUCCUGACAGCUCAUCUAUGGAGCAUCAAAGGAGGCUGAACCCCAAUAUGAAAGAGGUGGUAAGAAAGAAAAUCAUCAAAUGGCUUGAUGCAG